AACGCUAUUUCAUUUCAGGGUCGAUGCGACUGUGAACUUUUUCUCUAAUGAGAAAAAAAUUGAGCAAUAUCGUAAAAAAAACCACGUACAUAAUAUAUUUGUAUAUUAAAAUUUAAUAUAUUACCUAUGUCACAAUUGUAGUUGCAAUUGUUGGUACAAUAAGGCACAUAAAUCAGUGAAAAUGGCAUCAGGACAUGGUGAGACUAGCAGCGAGUGUGAAGGCGAGGAGCAAGAAGACUCUUCUUCGUCUCAUUCUAAUAAUGUGCUCGAAGCUUGCAAUACUCUUGACAAUUUGAGUUUACAAGACAAUGUGCAAAAUACAAAUCACGGUGAAGAUGAGCUUUCAGUCUUCCGGCAGCAGUGGCAGAGAGAACUCGAAUCAACACCGACAACACAGAAAGGAUCAAAGCUUGAAGAAUCAUUUGCAGAACCACUCACUGAUGAGGAUAAGGCUAAGCAACUGUUCCUCCGUGGCGUUGAAUUCGAGCGCGGGGGGAAGUUGUACGAAGCUAUACAACAUUACAAGCGAGCCAUACAGAUCGUACCGGACGUCGAGACGCGGCUGUACGAGGGAAGCGAGCUCAGGGGAGAUACGCCGGAAGAUUCAGAGGUGGAGGAAGUGGUUUGCGCGGACAAGGCUCCUCCCUCCGAGGAUGAGGACGAGGAGGUCGUGGAGGGGGAGGAACUGCUCGCGAGGCUGCAACGAAUUCUGGCUAGGAGGGGGUUGCUGUGUGAACCGAAACUACCCACGGUGUCGGCGCACAUAUCGUGGCUCCCGUACGAGGUGUUGCUGGUAGUGCUGCGCUGGGUGGUGAGCUCGGAGCUGGACGCGGGCGCGCUGGAGGCGGCGGCCGGCGUGUGCCGCGGCUGGUACGUGGCCGCCCGGGAGCCCGACCUCUGGCGCUCCAUCUGCGUCAGAACAUGGGGCAUAGAGUGCGGCACCCCCCGCGCUAACGGCUGGUCGAGCUGGCGCGACAUGUACAUCGCGCGUCCCCGGCUGCGACUCAACGGCUGCUACAUCAGCAAGACCACGUACCUGCGCCACGGGGAGAACUCCUUCCAGGACCAGUUCUACAGGCCUUGGUAUCUUAUAUACUACUACAGGUACCUCAGGUUCUUCCCCGAAGGCGUGGUGCUGAUGUGGACGACAGCGGAGGAGCCGGUGACGUGCGUGGGCCUGCUGAAGAACCGACACGUCAAAUCCGGUUCCGGGAUCAUGAUGGGACAUUAUAGGCUGAUUGGUCAAAAGGUUGUGAUCGUUAUAAAGAAGACCAGCGAGAAGAAGCAGGUGAUGGCUUCGAACACGAGGUUCCGAGCGCGCAGGAAGGAGCUCGAGCACGAACAGACGUUCCACCUGGAGCUGGAGCUGUGCGACGUCCGCAGCCGGCGCAACUUCCAGCUGCAGUGGCGCCACCACUCGGUGCGCGCGCGCCUCGACCAGUGGACGCAGUUCGAGCUGGCGCCCGGCCGGUACCCGCCCUUCGCCUUCAGCCGCGUGCGCACCUACACGGCAGAGUCGCACGCGCCGCUGCUGCCCACGCACGCCUACACAUAGGCCCUGAGAAACGCAGCGAGAGAUGAGGUAAGCGCCGCUCUGUCGGACGGAGACACGGACGGCGACAGCGACUCGUCAUAGCUCCGGGCACUCAUCUUCCGGUGCGUUCCCUCCCCCCGCUCUCGUGGCGACCAACUAACUAGGCUCGUACUAUAUAAUAGUUUACGAAUGCUUUCCCGCGUUAAUAAAGAAUUGAAGCACUGCAAAUCCGCAGCAAGUGUACAGUGAACGGUUUGCGUGUGUGUGUAAUUAGGCAAGCGACAGUGACGUCACGAUCCGAAUGAUUCUUAAAGAGAUUGUUAUAAGCGCGGAGCAGGAAGGAUUUCGUACGUUAAUCUGUUGUUACCUGUCUUUGUCACUCCUGUGUAAAUAUAACGAGUCUCGCUCGCACACAUGCAAUGACCGCCGUUCUCAGGGAUUGUAAACCUUUUACCUGAGACUGUAAGGUUUGUUCUUGUUUGCGUGUUGACUCUGAGUAGUAAGGCAAGCAGUAAUUCCGAUACAGAGCAAUCGGAUUCUGAUUUUUCAAUUUUAAUUUUUUUAUUUCUGCCGAUUUAGUGAUUGUAACUCGAUUUUUAUAACUGUUAUAAUACAAAAUCUAAAUAAAUAAUUUAUUAUAAUAACAAUAAUUUCAGUAAUUUUUUUCUCCUUCAGACAUUUUAUGUAAACCGUACUUAAUACAAAAAUGUUUGUGACCACCCCCAGUAGAUAAAGAUGUCAAUGUACAAAAUUCUUCAUG